UACACAAGUGAAAGAAGCCUGGUUCAAGCCUCUGGCAGGAUGGCAGCUCCUCUGCUCGGAACUGCCUGGAAUGGGUAUUUACGCAAUUUCAGUCAUGGGACCACAGCAGGCACCCACUGGAUGAACAAAACCUCAGGAGUGACAGCAACGACCACAGACACGUGGCGGGAUGCUGCCAAUUCGAGUGAGUACCCGUACGAGUACCUGGAUGAGGGGGACUAUGGGCUCUACGGCCUCUGCACCAAAGAGGAGGUGCUCUCCUUCAGCAGGGUGUUCUUGCCAUCAUUUUACACCGUGAUCUUCCUGGUCGGAAUGGCUGGGAAUGCCCUCCUGUUUACUGUCCUCCUCAUGUACAUCAAGAGGAAGAAGAAGAUGACUGAGCUGUAUCUGCUGAACCUGGUGGUUUCAGACUUUUUUCUGCUACUGACACUUCCUUUCUGGGCUCUGUACACUUCUCAGUGGGUCACCUGGGACAUCUUGUGCCCGUUCUUAAACGCCAUGUACACUCUGAACUUCUACAGUGGCAUCUUCUUUGUGAGCUGCAUGAGCCUGGACAUGUAUCUGCAGAUAGUUCAUGCUUGCUCUCCUCACAGCUCCACGGUGUGGAGGAAUUCCAUUCUUGUCUUGUUGGUGAUGUGGAUCCUUUCCAUAGGUCUCUCCAUUCCCGAUGGCCUCUUCACCAGCACAAGGCAAAUUCACAACAAAACCGUCAUGUGCACCCAGGAUUAUGGCCAGGAACACUUAUUUUGGAAAGUUGUCUUUCGGGUGAUUCAAAACAUCCUUGGAUUCCUUUUCCCCUUCCUCUUCAUGGCGUUCUGCUACUCCCGCAUCAUGUGUGUCCUCAACACCUCACAGAUCCCUGGCUCCAGGAAAGCUCUCUGCUUAGUCCUUACUCUGGUGGGGGUCUUCUUUGUGCUGUGGUGUCCUUACAACAUUGUGCUCAUCCUCCACUCCCUGCAAGAUGUCGGUGUGAUCAGGAGCUGUGAAAGCAGUAGGAAACUGGACUAUGCCCUGCAGAUCACGGAGAGCUUGUCCUUUGUCCACUGCUGUCUCAACCCCUUGCUCUAUGCUUUUGUGAAGAAACGGUUCAGGGCGUAUUUGUGGAAGAUCCCUCAGGCCAUUUUCAGGAGAGGCACUUUCUUUCCCAUCCAGGACUCCCAGACGAGCCCGUCGUGCAGCAGAUACGCAGCUGAGAUAGAAAUGUUGAGCAUCACAAAUGUAUCAUAAAUACAUACAUUAUUUACAGUAUUUACAUUAUGUGUGUGCCCUCUGUGCUGCAUUUUCCCUGUCCUGCCCAUGAUGGGGUUAGUGUGAGCUUGCAGCACUGUGUAAUCAAAUAGUUCAACCUAGCGACAGCCUCGAGAUGAGGACUUUCCAUACUGAGAUUGGAAAAGUACAUGUGGGAUCUGUUUCUGUUCCACUAGUGUAAAUCCGUUGUCCUGGAUUUACACUAGUGGAAGAAACCCAGUUCCCAUCUGCAGUAUGUGAGGCAGUAGCAAAUAAAGGAACAGAUUUCUCAACGUUGUUCCUUAAAAAAUGCAAACUGAAACUUGAGAAGAGAUUCUCCUCCUCCCUGGCAUGGGCUGAGGAAUCAAUUUCUGUGCUCAUCCGUCAGGCCAGAAAUGCUGCCAGGGGAUGGCUUUGCUUCUCCUGGCUCUUACCAUCUGCCAGGUGAUUUAACCGGGAUAAUCUCAUUUUCUACCAGGAGACACAACAGGAAGGACUGGUCACCUUUAAGCUGAGUUGUUCUCCGUCAUGAUGAGCUGUGCCACACUCGGACCUGCUGAGCAGGGAACUGUGACUCUCCAAGGGGCAGAGCCUUGGCUAGAGGUCAGUUUGAUCAUCAGCUGAUUUGAGACCGGUUUGAUCAGAACAAAGUUCAAACCAGUAACAAUCAGUGAGAAAGAGAUAAAAAGCAGGCUCAGCAGAACAGUGGUGGAGGUAUUUGCCUUCCAAGAUCAGGUUUGACAAGAUAAAAAAGAUCCAUGGAUACCACCUGUGACAUAAAUAUUGGCUUUGAAACACCACAGAGUGAGAGCAUGGCCUGAACAGAAGAGCACAGAGAGCCGAUGGUCAAUCCUUAUUACCCAGCGCAGCUCUGAAGUUCAAGGUUCUGAGUUUGCUGACUUUUAUUUAAAGGCAUUAUUCACCCCAAAUGCCCCUGAACCUCAAAUGGUCCCUUUCCAUCCUGAAAACCUAUUAAGUCUGGAAGUUGCCUAGAGUUGUACAAAUAAAAUUAUUAAUUUAAGAGAAA